GAUCACCGGUUCGGUGACAUUUGAGCCCGAGGUUGUGCGUGUGCGUCCCCUGUGCGCGCUGUGGACUGAUGUCUCUGCCUGUCAGGAGUUUAAAGUGUCUGUCUCCGGUCAUGUGCCAGUGUAAGGUCAUCUGCAGCAACCGGACCCUGUCCCUCAUGUUCGGCUGCAAGAAGUACAGAUACCAGGAUGAGGAGACGCCCCCCUUGGAGCACAGUCCAGCACAUCUGGCUCCAGGGAAAAGUGCCGAAAUGCUUCAUAUGAGCGACAAGAACCUUGCUGCCAUGGAAGCCAUACAUGGCUACACACCGCAUACACAUAUCUCUCCCGUAAAGCCAGUGUUGAUGUCAACUGGACACACUCCAAUGUACACUUCUGCUGUUUCUACACUGGGAAACACGCCACCGGUGGUGGUGAACACUGACACCCUCGAUGGAUCCCCAUAUGUAAACGGGACAGAAGGGGAGAUCGAAUAUGAAGAGAUCACCUUGGAGCGAGGUAACUCAGGCCUGGGCUUCAGUAUAGCAGGGGGAAUAGACAAUCCGCAUGUUGGCGAUGACCCCAGCAUCUUUAUCACUAAAAUCAUACCUGGAGGAGCUGCAGCUCAGGAUGGACGGCUGAGUGUGAACGACUGCAUCCUUUUUGUCAAUGAUGUCGACGUGAGGGAGGUGACGCACAGUCAAGCUGUGGAAGCUCUGAAGGAGGCAGGUGCUAUCGUGCGCCUCUACGUUCUCCGCAGGAAGCCUGCAGCGGAGAAGGUCAUCGAGAUCAAACUUAUCAAAGGGCCUAAAGGCCUCGGCUUCAGCAUUGCUGGAGGAGUGGGGAACCAGCACAUACCAGGAGAUAACAGCAUCUAUGUCACAAAGAUCAUUGAAGGCGGAGCUGCGCAUAAAGAUGGUCGUUUACAGAUUGGGGACAAGAUCUUAGCGGUGAACAACGUGUGUCUAGAGGAUGUGAUGCACGAGGACGCGGUUGGGGCUCUAAAGAACACAGCCGAGGUCGUCUACCUCAGGGUGGCAAAGCCCAACAACCUGUUCUUGACCAACUCCUACAACCCUCCAGACCUCACCAGCACAUACUCUCAUAUGGACACCGAUCUCAGCCAUCCAAACUACCUUGGGUCAGAUUACCCACAAGCCCUCACACCGACCUCACCGAGCAGGUUUUCUCCUGUCCUACAUGGCAUGAUGGAAGAUGAUGACAUCCCUCGUGGACCUCGAAGAGUGCUGAUCCACCGAGGCUCCACAGGUCUGGGAUUCAAUAUUGUUGGUGGAGAAGAUGGAGAAGGAAUCUUUAUCUCCUUCAUCCUGGCCGGAGGGCCUGCUGACCUCAGCGGAGAGCUGCACAAAGGCGACCAGAUCCUCAGUGUGAACGGUGUGGAUCUGCGCAUGGCCACGCAUGAGCAGGCGGCCGCGGCCCUGAAGAACGCUGGCCAGACAGUGACCAUCAUCGCUCAGUACAGACCUGACGAAUACAGCCGCUUUGAGGCGAAGAUUCAUGAUUUGCGUGAACAGCUGAUGAACAGCAGCAUGGGCUCUGGGACAACAACGCUAAGAAGCAACCCAAAGAGAGGCUUCUACAUCAGGGCUCUCUUUGACUACGACAAGACUGCCGACUGCGGCUUCCUCAGUCAGGCUCUAGGUUUUAAGUUUGGCGAUGUGCUUCACGUGUUGGACUGCAGCGAUGAGGAGUGGUGGCAGGCACGUAAGGUCAGCCCACAGAACGAGGCGGAAGAGAUGGGCUUCAUCCCCAGCAAGCACAGGGUGGAGCGAAAAGAGUGGUCUCGUGUCAACACCAAAGAGCGGGACCACAGUCGGGACAGUUUGGGGUCUCAAGGGAGAGAUAAAACCUCAAACAGUUAUGAGACUGUUGGCCAGGUAGAAGUUCAUUACGCGAGACCUAUCAUCAUACUCGGCCCUGUGAAGGACAGGAUAAACGAUGACCUGCUGUCUGAGUUCCCCGACAAGUUUGGAUCUUGUGUCCCGCACACAACACGACCCAAGAGGGAGUAUGAGGUGGAUGGGCGGGACUAUCACUUUGUGUCAUCACGGGAACAGAUGGAGAAGGACAUCCAGAGCCAUCGCUUCAUUGAGGCUGGACAAUACAACAGUCAUCUGUAUGGCACGAGUGUCCAGAGUGUCCGCGAGGUGGCUGAGCAGCAAGGGAAACACUGCAUUCUGGAUGUCUCGGCGAACGCUGUCCGUAGACUACAAGCAGCCCAGCUUCAUCCCAUCGCCAUCUUCGUCCGACCCAAGUCACUGGAGAACGUCCUAGAGAUCAACACUCGCCUGACAGAAGAGCAGGCCAGGAAAGGAAUGGACCGAGCCCUCAAACUAGAACAAGACUUUCUAGAAUGCUUCUCAGCUGUGGUGGAAGGGGACAGCUUUGAGGAGGUGUAUCAUAAAGUAAAGACAGUGAUCGAGGAACAAUCAGGGCCUUACAUCUGGAUCCCCACUCGAGAGAGGCUGUGAUGCCGUGCCCGCCUGCCUCCGCCUCCCUGACCCCAUCACAUGACGCCACCC